AUGACAGGAGAGUUUGAUAUAACUAAGGUUUAUUUGAAAUUCUUAGAAGAUGACGCAGAAAUGACUAUGCCUAUAGCGGCUAUUGAAUCAUUAGUUGAUAUGUUAAAAGUUAAACAACCUUCAACAUCAUCAGAACUUAUCAAUUUGGUCAAACAUAAUACUGAUAAAUUAAAAUCAUCCAUUUCUAAUGCUAUAUCAUUAUCGGCAGGUUGUGAUUUAUUCAUGAGAUUCGUAUUGAGAAAUAUCAAUUUAUAUUCUGAUUGGGAAUCAUGUAGGAAAAAUUUGGUUGAAAAUGGGGAAUUAUUUGUUCAAAGGGCUAAAGAAUCAAGAUCUAAAGUAGCUGAAUUUGGUGUUCCUUUUAUUAAAGAUGAUGAUACUAUUUUGGUUCAUUCAUAUUCACGUGUAGUUCAUCAAUUAUUAAUCAAAGCUAAAAAGGAAAAAAUGAUUCGUUUUAGAGUUAUCGUUACUGAAUCAAGACCAAGUGAAAAAGGUUAUCAUAUGGCACAAGUUUUAAGAGACUCCGAUAUUCCAACUGAAGUUAUAGUCGAUAAUGCUGUAGGAUAUGUUAUACAUAAAGUAGACAAAAUCUUAGUAGGUGCUGAAGGGGUGGCUGAAUCAGGAGGUAUAAUUAAUCAUAUUGGAUCAUAUCAAAUUGGUUGUUUAGCUAAAACCAAUAACAAACCUUUUUAUGUUGUUACUGAAUCCCAUAAGUUCGUCAGAUUAUUCCCAUUAGCUCCAAAUGAUUUACCAACACAAAUGCAUCAAUUAUUACAAAAUGCUAAUAGUAUGAGUUUCCUGAAUGAUCAUGGAUUAUUGACUACUCAACAAAUCGAUUUCACUCCUCAUGAAUAUAUUACAGCAUUGAUAACUGAUUUGGGGGUUUUAACACCUUCGGCGGUAUCGGAAGAAUUAAUUAAAAUAUGGUAUGAUUAA